AUGUGGUCCCAAUACCGAACAGUUGAUGAAGGAUUGGCAGACAGUAAGUAUACAAUUUUUUUGAAUCAUGGUGGUAAGUUUCUCAACUUGGAUGGGUUAUUCGAUUAUUAUGAGGGUGACCUGUGUGCCAUACAUGGAUUGCAACCAGAUAAGUUUUCUUACAUUCACUUGAAAGGAGAAAUACAAAAAUUGGGUUACAAGGACUGGAAGAAAAUCUGUUACAAGAUUCCGGGAAAAGAUGUAUUUGCAGAUAUUUUUAGUGACAGUGAUAUGAGGAGUAUGGUGAAGUUACUACCUCCAAAAAGAAUAGACACAAAUUUCACACAACCUUAA